AAAUACAGAGUCAUGGCAUGGUUCUUCAAAAGGAAGAGGGGCCCUGAAUGGAAACAAGGAUGGACAGAGCAGAACCUCGUUAACAUCUCUGCUCCACCACUUCCCUUCCUUGCCUUCUUUGGAGUUGUUAUUCUCUUCCUUUCUCUGUCACAGUACACAGACUACAAAUCCCAGAUGAACAGGGCUUUGAUCAGUUUUCAAUUUCUGUUAUUCAUUUUACCUGUUGUAUUGAUCUUCUUGGUGCGAUCCAUGGCUAUCAAUGGUAGGUUCUUUAGGAUACCUCUUCCACAGUAUAACUCGAUUCAUCGAGCAGGGAGCUCUCCUUGGGGUGUUGCAGCUUUGGUGGUUGUGCUUCUGCUUAUGAUCUCUUAUCAGUCAUCUGUUCAUUCCAACUGGUUUAGACCCUUAUGGAGAACAUAUUAAUCUAUAGAAGCCUUUUUUUUUUUUUUUUAACUUCAUGUGCCU